AUGACGGAGGCUUAUCGGAAUUCCAUUGACAUUUGCGCGGAAAUGACACAUUUUUUUAUAGACAAAUUAUGGAUUUUGAUUUUUCUUAAUAGCUCAUUUAAUUUUCAUGGUAUCCUCAUCAAUCGGAGGAAAUUUAAAUUAUAUUUCAACAAAGAAUAUUACUCACGUCGGGUUGUAAAACAAAUUCUCGGAAAUACUUGGAUUAUGCAGAAAAGAUAAAUCCAUGAGCUUGCAGGGGACACGUUGCAUUACGUCACCCACCGUGGCAUCUGUCCUCUCCUCUCGUGCGAAUGUCUCACUAGGAUGUUUUGCUCAAACAACUGUGAGACUUGAACCGAAUGAAAUAAUGACUUUUCUACUGGUGACUUGGGUGCUGGCGACGUAUGUACGUCAGUUAAUGAAUUACGUCAGUGUUUAAACAUUUUUUUUUCCCGACUGCAACGCGCGGUUGUCAUCAGCUCACGGAGAUAAACUGGGAGAAUUGAGAAAAAUGAAAGAUGUAGGAUGAGUGGAGUUAAUUGACAAAGUGAAUGAAAUUAUUUUUACCCUCAUAUUUAGGAUCACGAGUUAUUUUAAGUUUACCGCGUGUAAAUUUUAAACAAAAAUCUUCGUUCUUCGCCGCGUGAAACCGAGUUUAGGAUUUUUUGAAAAUAUCGUUCCCAUUCACCGACAGUCCCGGAAUUUUCAGUGCACAUAGGAGGGGGAAACCAGUGCGAUAAUGAUAAAAUGAUUAAGAUAAUGAAAUGGAAAGAAUAAUCAACAAAGCGUGGGAAAGACGCGUGUGGCAUAGGUAGGUACUUGAUGAUUCAAGCUCUGUGAGAAAAAAAAAAUGAGGUCUGCGAGCAAGAUCGUUCUGAUCGAUGCUGUACGUGUAGAUAUUAUACAUAAAGGCUCAACCGGCUGUUGUGCGAGACAUGCUGGGCCCUGGAGGGGACUUAUCGCAUUUCGAAACAAUAGCAUCAAGCGCUACCAAGUAUAUACGGACUUCCGCCGCUCUUGGAUCCGGAUCGUGCGUACAAGUGGGUGCAACGCACUUGCCCCGCUACCGACGAUGUAGGAGAUGUUUCAUUAGAGAACGUUGAUGAGUAAUUAAAAUUAAGAAGGGGAACCGCGUACUCGGAGGGAACGAAAACAAUCGUGACUCGAGGAUAUUCAAAUUUAAUGCUCCUAUGAUCGAGUCCCCCGGAGGAAAAAAUGAACAGUGCAGUGUAUGCCACUUCCUGUCCAGCUCUGCAGUCGAAUUUAUCACUGCACAGUUCGUCGCAUUACAGCGAUUACAGUGCUACGAGCCAGCGUAGAGAGCGUCAUCAGAGACGUGGGCGUAGACGAUUGUCAUCGACAGGCGAUGCUGAUACCUCAGCUACAUCCAGCUACGAGGGGAGUGAGGGGAGUUCGGUGAACAGUGAUGAUCAAACCAGACUCGAUCCUGUUACCCAGCCCGAGAGGGAACAGUUGGAGGCGUUUUUUCGGGGUUUAAAGUCUCAGGUCUACGUGUGUGAGUCACUUGCCAAUUUAUACCUCGGAAGUGCUUCACAAGCGCAGGGCAACUGGGAGCUGCGAUUCACUGGAAUACCAAUUGUGGUACUGGACCUUGGGGAGACGAGAUCGAGAUCCAAACGACAGAUUCAGAUUUUACUCGCUGAGAGGGGAACCUGUUUCACAUUAUGGCGUGAAACUAUCGACAAUUUAACGUCUUACAAAGUGUCCGGACCGGCAUUUCACACAAUGUGCCUAUCCUCCGAUCACACAAGACUGGCAGGUCUGAGUUUUGACAACGCGAAGGCUGCAAAUGAUCUCUGGCAACACAUUGAGCGUCUCGUCUCCUGUCCCGAGAACAUAAGUCUCUCAGUUCCUGGUAAAAAUAAGAAGAAGAAUAAAAAACCACCGGCAAAAAAAUUUGUACUACCGGCAAAAAGUCAUAUAAGUCAACCCUGUCAGUUUCAACACAUGACGAGCGUCGAUGCCGCUGACAGAUCACGAUACUUUUCUCUGCAGACACUUGUGCCAGCCCUGAAUCAAUUGGAAAACUCGAUCGAAGCAACUUUCUAACGUCGAAGUUGAUGAUUUUUAGAAGAAAUGCCAAUAUGUAUACUCGUAUAUAUCUAAUCACCCGCAUUAUUUUUUCCUGUUUACGAGAAUAACUAGUUUUUAGAAGUUAGAUUGUACGUUAUCAAUGAUAUUUUAGAUGAAGAGUUUAAUGUUACAUUCUUGUCCACUGUGAUAUCAUAUUAUAUCUUUCUCUUUUCUGUUAAUAACAAAUAAAUACGAAUUUCGUGAAAUUCA